CCUUAGAGUCUAAGGUUAAGGUGGUUGCUGUCUAUGGGACUUUAUCCGAUUUGCUUUCUGUGGCCAGCAGUAAACUCGGCAUAAAAGCCACUAGUGUGUAUAAUGGGAAAGGUGGACUGAUUGAUGAUAUUGCUUUGAUCAGGGAUGAUGAUGUUUUGUUUGUGUGUGAAGGAGAACCAUUCAUCGACCCUCAGACAGAGUCUAAACCACCGGAAGGGCUGUCAGGACCCCACACGGACUGGCUCACACUAAACGUUGGAGGGCGGUACUUUACCACCACGCGGAGCACGUUAGUGAACAAAGAGCCCGACAGUAUGCUGGCCCACAUGUUUAAGGACAGAGGUGUCUGGGGAAAUAAGCAAGACCACAGAGGAGCUUUCUUAAUUGACCGAAGUCCUGAGUACUUUGAACCCAUUUUGAACUACUUGCGCCAUGGACAGCUCAUUGUAAAUGAUGGCAUUAAUUUACUAGGUGUGUUAGAAGAAGCCAGAUUUUUUGGUAUCGACUCAUUGAUUGAACAGCUAGAAGUGGCAAUAAAGAAUUCUCAACCACCAGAAGAUCAUUCACCCAUAUCUCGAAAGGAAUUUGUCCGAUUUCUGCUAGCUACUCCAACGAAAUCAGAAUUGCGGUGCCAGGGUUUAAACUUCAGUGGUGCUGAUCUUUCUCGUUUGGACCUUCGAUACAUUAACUUCAAAAUGGCCAAUUUAAGCCGCUGCAAUCUCGCGCACGCUAAUCUCUGCUGUGCAAAUCUUGAACGAGCUGAUCUGUCCGGAUCAGUGCUUGACUGUGCAAAUCUCCAGGGAGUCAAGAUGCUCUGCUCUAACGCAGAAGGAGCCUCCCUGAAGCAGUGUAAUUUUGAAGAUCCUUCUGGUCUUAAAGCCAACUUGGAAGGUGCUAAUCUAAAAGGUGUAGAUAUGGAAGGAAGUCAGAUGACAGGAAUUAACCUGAGAGUCGCUACCUUAAAAAAUGCGAAGUUGAAGAACUGCAACCUCAGAGGAGCAACUCUGGCAGGAACAGAUUUGGAGAACUGCGACCUGUCUGGUUGUGACCUGCAGGAAGCCAACCUGCGAGGCUCCAACGUGAAGGGCGCUAUCUUUGAAGAGAUGCUGACACCACUGCACAUGUCACAGAGUGUCAGAUGAGAGUUUCAAGGCUGCAGGAAGAAGCUCAAGACGACAGAUGUUUUCCUUAAUCACUUUUAUUUCUCCACUCACUCGGCUGUCUAGAAGAAAUAACACUGUAAGGAAAUUAAAGAGAAAAACAUUUAGAGGAUUAUGCUUGUUCUCAGUGGUGCAUAGGGGGGAAAAGUGACUUUUCCCUACAUUCUGACUUUACCAGAAAAGCAUUCAUUCAGUAGACAUAGGGAAGCUAGAUUAGACGCUGCCUUCCGAGUGGAGUAGGGGGCUUGCCUGGCUUCGUGACCAGGAAUAGUACCUAUUAUAUUUGCUUUUAAAUAGGCAUGGUAUGGAAAUGUUGUACCAUCUUGGCUUGAAAUUUGAGGAUUUUAAUUUAUGAGAAGCACAACAUAUACCAUUAUAUUUAUUGAGCCUCUAGAGGCAUACGGAUCAGUACAUUGUGAAGCUCCGUGAACAUUUCCAGAGGUUGUUCAUGUUAUGAGAAGCUGUGGCAAUGACUCCCCCC